AUGAAUAGUAAGGCGAGAGGAGAAAAGGUGGCGGACGAUCACAUUCGGCAGUACAUCAAAAACCUCGCGGCCAAGAAGGGUGAGGGAUCGGAUGUAUCGGUGGAGCAUCUGAGAAAGAAGUUCGGGAUCGGAUACAAGCGAGCGAAGAGGCUGCACGAUGAUGAGCUUGGCCCCACGAACCCAGACGGUGGGCGAUCCAAGACCACACCCAAGCGAGAUGCGAGCGAGUCCGUAUCAGACGAGGCCGUAAUCGCUUUCAUUCACAAGUGCAGAGACGAGGGACGCGACAUCUCGACAAAUGAGCUGCGCCAUGAGCUUCACAUCGGCUACAAGAGAGCCGUCCGCUUGCUCACACAAGGCGAGAAGGGCGUCCGGCCCACCCGCAGCCCAUCAACGAGGAAGCGAUCCUCCCUGACCAUGCUGCAGGAGGCCGAAGCCGAGGACGAUGGCGGAUUGGGCAGCCUGGAAUCAGUUGGCGCGAUCGAUGAGCUCGCCGCGCUUCACCAUCUCCACCACACUUCCCCUGGCAACAAGAGAGCCAGACGGGGACGAAAGGCGGAGGCAUCUGUGGAUGGAUCAUCGGACGGAGAGGAAAAGGACGACCUGGUGGGGCUCGAGGAGGCCGCCAAGGUGCUCGAGGGUGCGGAGACGUUGGACGAGGGGCGGGUGGACACAAACGGGGACGGACUCCUUGGCGAGUUCUCCGACGUUGUUCUCAACUUGCCCAAGGGCGGAGGAUGGGAAGACACACUGCAGGCAUUCGAGUACAAGGACAAAUGA